GCGGGGCCAGUUACAAUCCCUGGUCAAUUUAGAUGUUGGGGCACCGACAGAUCCACUUCGUAGCUGAAGAAGUGACCCAGUAUCUUCCGGAGCAAGCAUAUGUCCCGAAUCCCGAAGAGAGUCCGAUCGGAUCAGAUAUUUUCUUUUCAAAUCCCGGUGUAGCAAAUCCCGCCUUCUUCAACGGUACCAGUUCCAUGUGAGGAUUCAGGUUCCCAUCGAGAUAACUCCGUGUGUAUGAAUCCUGUUCAAAAUCAGCAGUCCUCGGCGCCAGGAUCGCAGUGGAGAAAUGGAAAUUCUGGUGUGCAUCGGGUCUCGACUGCCUGCUCCCUGUGUCGGGCCAAAAGGCUAAAGUGCGAUGGAGUAAUGCCAUGUGGUCGUUGUUGUACAAUGCAAGUCGACUGUAUCAUCGACGAAAACAGUGAUAACCGCCGUACCCUGAAGCGCAAAUUAGACAGCCUCGAGAAUGACCGGGAGCUCCUUAUACGACUGGUGGAGACCCUACGCGAUAGUGGCGACACUCGUGUCUCCACGCUUCUAAGCCUGAUCCGCAGUAACGCCUCCCUAUCCGAGCUCAAGUCCUUCGUCGACGAGCAACUGCGCAGAGCACAGUCGCCCGAACUAGCCAAGGCCCAUCAUGAAAUCAAUCGUCUACAGGAGGCCAGUUCCCGGACUUGUCGGAAUGUUCUCGAUGUUAAGCGACUCUGUGAUCAGCCUGUUUUCCGAGUCCCGGCAAAACCGUGGACGACUGUCACGGGCGACGAUGGGUUAGUGUCGCAUAUCAUAUCGUUGUACUUCACCUGGUAUGAUCCAUGCUUUUCUUGCAUGGACCGAGACAUCUUCCUCAGGGAUAUGAAGCGUGGAGACCUAAAAUCUCAAUAUUGCUCGCCAUUUCUCGUUAAUGCUAUUCUGGCCGCUGGAUGCCCUUACUCUGAUUAUGCGGAAGCAUACACCGACCCGGACGACUCAGCCACGGCAGGAGUUCACUUCUACAGCGAAGCGAAGAAAUGCCUCGAGAUGGAGGAGGGACAUAUGACCGUUGCUACAGUACAAGGGCUAGAAGCGCUCUCAAUGUGCGCGUAUGCCAUGGGAAAAGACCGCCGUGGCUGGCUCUAUCAAGGGCAGUUAAUAUUCGCUGUCAAAGAGUUAGACCGUAAUACUCCCAAAACUCGACCAGACGCCACCGGGCAAGAGCUCGACUUGGGUCGAGUCACCGACUUCACAUUUUGGGGGCUAUAUAUCAUGACAACAGCAACCGCCAUGGCCUAUCACAAACCGCCACUGAUCGAUACUCCGGUUCGCCCUCGUCCACAAGGGAAGCAGGGUGACAAAGAUGAUUUGUGGUCACCAUAUCCCUCACAGCAAAACGGCCUUCCAGCACACUUCCUCUGUCAUUUCAACAGCUUAUGUGACUUAUCAAUGGUUGUUAAUGAUUGGUGUCAAUCCGUAUUUGGUGAUUCGGAAAAGCUUCAUUUCGACGGAAUUAAAACCAUAGUGGAAGACAUUUAUCGACGCCUCUUGGACUGGGAGAAGGGGAUGCUGCCGUGUAUCAGAGUGGACACGGAUGGUUGUAUUCUUCCCCAGGUAUUAUGUCUACACAUGUAUUAUCACACCAUUACCAUUAUGGUCUUCGGGUUUGCAAAAAAUAUAGCAGACGGCAAUGGCAUUCUACAUUCGAAAUUCCAUAAGUUCGCGGCAAAUAUAUGCUUACAGUCCGCUCGAAAAAUUGCUAGUUUGAUGGAUAUACAUCGAUCAUCGUGGGGUAUUGACCUUUUCGUGGUGACCUAUAUCCAGUGGACCACCGUCUCACUAUUUAUAUUGCUGGAGGAUUUGGACGAUCCCAUGAACCGGGAGGCGUUCAUCAGCCUCAGCAUUGUUGCGAAGGUGGCGUCGCGACGAUGGGCUUUAGGGAAAGGCAUGUUACGGGCUGUUCAGGUGACAGCGCGGAAAAUGGAAGUAUCGUUGCCCCCAGAGAUUGAUGUGCUCUUCUCGGACUUUGAAAAACAGAGUUGGGGCGCGAAGGAUCGACGAGGACUCAGCAGUUCGUACCCAAACUUUGCUGUUUCGAUUGGAUCAGUCCAGACUGAUGAAAUCGAACUCGACAAGUUCUUGGAAAAAUGGGACGCCCUGAAUAUUUCCGAUCCUGGUGAGGUAGACAAGUCGCCGUCUCCCAGAGAAUAGCAAACAAUAGAAUCGUGUGACGGCAUUUAUAUAAUAGACAUGCUGGUAGUGA